GUUCGCGGUGCUACCGACGAGCUCGCCUUCUCCGCGGCCAAGAACGACGUCUCUGUCUCCAGCCGUCUGCCACUAACUUCCACCUGUUCUCGCCACCGGCCGCCGCGCACGACGUCUGUCUCCUCUGUUUUCGCCGCCUAGAAUGGGAGGAAGGGAAGACACGUCAAAUUCUAACUUGAAGGAAGAAAUCUUCCACAAUUUCAAGAAUUUCAUGACAGGGAUUACAAAGAUUGAUGAGUUGGUAAACGCUGGAAGCAAGCUGCUGUCUGGCUUUCAACAAGCACUUGAGUUUAUGCGGAAGCCUCCUAUAGAUACAAAGUCUAAACUAGUCAACAAGAUCAUUGUUGCUAAUGAAACUAAGAGAGUUAAAUCCUAUGUCAAUUCGGGAUGUAGGAACCCCAAUAAUGAUGUCCAAAGUGUAACCAAUUUGCACUCAUGCAAAAAUGGACUCAAUGACAUUAUAAGCAAAGCAAAGGUAAUACUUGGUGAACUCGAAGGUUUAUUGGGUGAUGUAACAAGUUCUAUAGAAAGUUUACAUGGAAAUUUAGCCCUCGCAGCUCCAGAUUGUGGUGUUAAAUUGUAUGCGCAGGCCAGCUAUAAUGAUUUGGAGGAAAAUGCUGCUUUGUCUCAUUCUCAAAGUACAGAUGUGACCAUUACCACAAAGAAAAGUAUUGAUGUUGCAAGUUUAGCUGCCCUAAUGGCUGUAAUAUACAGCAUGGUCAAGCAAGACUAUUUGAUGCAGGAGAGGAUCGUGUCUGCAUUAGAUCUCAAGUUGUUAUCUGAAGAACUGGAAAGCUACUGCCAGAUGUGGCCUUUGCGUCCCUUCAUAAAUGAUGAAAUCAUGCAUCAAGCUUGGAAACAUGUUCACUGAAUAGGCUUUCGCUUCUUGUUGAUCAGUUACCAUCAGGCUGGAUAUUUAAUUAUGCUAAUAUAGAGUGAUAUAUAAUGGAGGGUGAAAUGGAAUGGGAUGAAAGGGAAUGGAAUCAUAUAAAAUUAUUAUUGUUAUCAUUUAGAUAUUUUUAUGUUGUGAUUACCAUUAUGGAAGGUUGGAGACAUAUGACUAGGGCAAAGGUAAAGAGGAAAAAGAAAGAUAUUGAGAAAAUGGUUCUUGCUCUAUUGGAAAGUGGAGCCAAUUUGAAGAUACUAGAACCCAACAUUUGGAGGAUGAGUUCCAAUUGAUUUAUAGAAUUUGUUAAAUUUAUUUAUUUUACAAAUAAAUGGCGUCAUUUAGCAUCAUGUAUUGUUAUUUUUACUUGGUUUGAUUGUGUUUUGGGGCUCAUUACAGCCUAAUUGGCUCGUUAGGGCUUCACACUCAAAUGCUUUUGUAAAUAGAUUUUAUCCUAGCUUGAAUCCUAAUAUUUGAUUGUGGUGUC